AUGUCCGCUCCUGCGUUAGGCUUCAUCAAAAUGAGCCUAUUUGUACAGUACUAUUACCUGUUUGGCGUUAUGCGGUACAUCCGCAUCAGUGUGUUGAUUAUCGGAACUUUGACCACCAUCUUCUACCUCUCCAUAUCGAUCACUGCCUUCGCUAUGAACAGCCCAUGGCCAGGCGAGUCGCUUCUAGACGUCAUUGUCUCGUGGCACUACUUGAAGUUUGCGAAAUCUUCGAUCGCCACUGGUAUGAUUGGGAUGUUUGUUGACUGGAUCCUUCUCUUUCUCCCGGUGCCGGCAGUAUGGCGUCUCAAGAUAUCGCGUCGGAAGAAAGCGAGUGUUAUUCUCAUUUUCAUGACAGGCACGCUGUAA